AUGGCGUCAAUUAGUUCUAAAUCUAAAAAACCAGAUCUGAUAUCUAUCUAUCGCUUGGAGUUCUAUAAGAACAAGAAAAACUGGAAGUUUUGCAAUGAUGUAAAGAAGAAAAAGACUCCGCAGUCUUCUUGCGCGCCUUCGAAGACUAAAAGUGCUCGAGACUUGAACAAGACGUAUGAUGUGGAAACUAUCUGUGAUGGUGAAACUGAGACUUCACCUUUGAACAAUGCCUUUAUGCAUGAAAUACCCACAGAUGAUACUCCAGAAAACGUGCCUUCUGCUCCGCCGCCAACUCCUCAACCGCCUGAAAAAAUCUGGCAGCAUCAAGACACGAAGGCAGGACUGAGACCAUCUAAUACAGACACAUGGGUCAAUAGAAGAGUAUUGACGCACUCAGAAACGUUUCAAGAGGCACAGAACAAGGAGGCAUUCACCGAUCACCGAACUGAUGCUGUACAGCAAUCACCACUAGCUUCAUGUAUCAAUCAAAACCAACUAGUGUCUAACUUACAAUGGUUGCUUCAAACCAACCCAGAUUCUGCUGGUGAUCACUUAAAGGUCGAGUCAACGCAGCUUAAACCUGAUUUUUGGGUCAAUAAUCAAGCGUCUAGUGAUCAGAACCUACGAACCCAACAGCAAUGGAGUAAUCAGACAUUAGAGAUAGAUAGUUCAUCAUUCCACCCUCAAAACAUUUGGACUAGUGCAGCAUCAAGAAACCCGGAACUGUUCCAAAAAAAUUCUUGGUCUCCGCCGAGUCCCCUCCCCGAUCCAGAAAUACUGGCUAAUCUUCUAAAGAGACAAGGUCAAAAUGUUGAAUACCAGAACAAUAGUACAAUACAUCAGGGUCCACCAGCUAAUGGCCUUCAGAUGCUAUUGUGCCCAGAUAAAUGGAAGAAUGAAGAAAGGACAGUUCUUGAUAAAGAUGAUCAGUUAAAUUCUCAUAAAAUGAAUCCAGGUUUUUGGACUAAUCCAGCAUUAAUUACUAGCCCAGUGUUUGAACAGAAUAAUCAUCAAAAGCCCGAUCCAUAUUCUUGGACUAACGAAGUCCCCUCGACUCCACCCCAGUUCAGCAGAAGACUUAAUCCAGAUAAUUGGCCAAACCACCAGCAUACAUCCCAAAAAUUUCCUUUAAAUCCUCAAAGUGGUCCUCAGUCAAUAAGUCAGGUGUCACUUACUAACCAAGGAUCGGAGACUGGAUCUCAUAAUCUGGCAAAACCAGAACACAAGUCUCUGAAGCCUUUUCAAGAUACAAAGAUAGAAGAAUCUCAACCAAGUCUGAAAUCACAUCAAGAAGAGUUUAAAUAUUCUAUAUCAAGCCUAGGAACAUACCCUACAGCCACUUGGUGUGGCAAUCAAAAAGAUGGGACAGAACAGCAAGGAAGGAUGUGGAAUAAUCCAGCUCUUUCUUCGAACCCAGAGGCAAUACGACCAUCUACUUGGAGUAACGAGGCGUGGCAGAAACAAGAAGACCCGUAUCUUCAUCAGGACUGGUCUCCAACUUGCGAAGAAUUGCCUAACUGUGAAUGUAGAGAGGAGGCGGACCAAUUGGAGCUGCAAUAUUCAGCAGUGGAUCAAAAUACUCUGAAGCCCCAUGGAUCUCUGGAUAGCGAGAUGCUCACUCCGGAACAGAUCAGACAGUGUACAGAUGAGUGGCUCCGACGACUCCUCGCACUCCACAGACCAAAGGAUGAUUGCAACACUGAGUGUGAGACUGCAAGUGAUCAAAACCAGGGCGGUCUGAACGACAGCACUGAUUUCAUCCGCGAGGCACACGAAGUCCCGCACUCCUCGGAGAAGGACCCCAAUGAAACACGAGAGAGCGUGUGCUGGUGUCUCCCGACCGCCCCCCUCCCCGCGCUGUCCUCCCGCCGCCUGUCGGCCGCGCUGCAUCACUCCGCCAAGGUCCUGAGGGAGGUGCUCAGAGAGCAGCUCAUCAGAGACAGACUGAGAUCGUUAACAUUAGUAAAUGUCGUUGAAUAUCCGACUCGUGACACGGACCUGUUCGGGAGUGAGUACGUGAUGGGGGGGGUCGCACGUCCCCCACUGCACCCACGACCUGGACCCAGGGGGAGAACGGCUCAUCAGGAUCGAUAUGGGCAGACCUUAUAG